AUGGAAGCGCUGCACGGCAGCUGCGCGAGCACCGCGGACGGGCGCGCGGUUCCACGGACGCCGGAGGUGCUGAUUUGGAAGACGCGCGGGACUCACGUGAACGCAGUGGAGCGGCCGGCUCCGGAGUUGUUCCAGCCGGUGGUUCCACUGCGCUCCGUGCAGUGCGGGACCGGACCUUUGGGACUCAUUGCCUUCGUCACCAUGGACCAUAAGCUCUACCUCAUGGAGCCUUAUGGUGAAAGUGGAGGCCCUCGGCUGGUGGAGCCUUUACUGGAGCAUGAGAUUCUGGAAGCGUCCAGCAUGGGGCAGUUGCUGGUGGCCAUCACCACACAAGGAGCUGCCUUUGAGGUUCUGAACCCAGCCGGCCUCCACGAGCGCGCAAACGCAGGCGAUCGGAAGGCGCAGGCGCUGUGCAGCAGCGGCAUGGUGGCCACGUUUGGACGUGUGCAAGAACUGCAACUGCCAGUCUCCGUGGGCCGCGUCUCCUGUGGUCCAAAGCACUCGCUGUUGCUCUCCCUUGAAGGCUUGGUCUUUUCCAUGGGCGUUGGUCCUCAGCUGGGCCUCGGAGAGUUGCAAGAAACUCGUAUCCCAGCGCCGACCAACGAAGUUUCAGCAGAUGAUCCACCAAGUGAGUUGGUGCGAUUCCGUGUAGAUGGGGAACACUUUGAGAUCCUGGAGCAGACACUUCGGGCCAAGGGCGACACCUUGUUGGUCACUUUGUUGGAUGACCAUUGGAGAACCAAGACAAAGGAGAUUUGUGUCGAGGGCAACAAAGAGCGCUUUCGAUACAUCCUCGACUGGUACCGAUAUGGUUCGAUUUUGCUGCCUUGGAACAUCAGCGUGGCUGAGAUGAAGCGGGACUGCGCCUUCUUCCAGUUGCCAGAUGACGUGCAGAUCAGACGAGAAUCGGCCACCAUAUCGGAUGGUAUUGGAAUGCUGGCUGAUGUGCAGAAAGAGGUGGAAGAAAUCAGACAAGCAGCAGAAGCGGAUAUCAGACAGGCAGAGGCAAAGAUCAUUGCGAUGUGGAUCGUUCAAACAAUCCUGUCACAAUUGGCCUCCACGCUAAGUACUCAGAAAUCUGAGGUCGAAGUCGACCUUGAAAUCGGAAAGGACAUCAGGUUGGGGUGGGGAGAAAGACCAACGGGGAAUGUUUCAUUCAUAUAG